GGGCACGGCCCUGCACGGCCGGGCCGAGGGACUUCAGCGGGGCUCCAUGCGGGACCGGCCGCGCCGGGCGCGGGCCCGCGGUGCUGUACGGGGCUGGCGGGCUGUGCCGGAGAGCGGCCCUGGCACGGGCUUCCAUCCCUCGCGUACCGCCGUCGGGAACAGGCCGCGCUUUUCUGGGACACGGUUAAAUGCGGGUUUCGUUCCCUUUUCUUAGAGUCUUUGGGAGUCGAGGGUAGUCACCUAAGCCCCCUCGGUGUGCAAGGCAGUCUCAUACCUUGCCGAGGCUGGCAAAAGAAAAAAUUAUGUAUGAAAAAGAAGCGAAACAGCAAGAAGAAAAGAUUGAAAAAAUGAAAGCUGAAGCAUGCGAUGAUUAUGGAAUUAAGAAGCAGAUCGAGAUCUUACAAGAGUCACGAAUGAUGAUUCCAGACUGCCAACGCAGACUAGAAGUUGCACAUGCAGAGCUUACUCAACUACUAGCUUUACAAACCCAACUUUCAGCCUGUCCAGAAAGGAAGGUGCUCCAGCUCUCUGACCAUCUCUGUGGCCUCCUCUGGACUCCCUCCAGCAGGUCCCUGUCCUUCCUGUGCUGGGAGCCCAGAGCUGAUGCAGCCCUGCAGGUGGGGUCUCAGCAGGGCAGGGCAGAGGGGCAGAAUCCCCUCCCUGGCCCUGCUGCCCACCCUGCUCUGGAUGCAGCCCAGGACACGUGUGGCUCUCUGGGCUGGGAGUGCCCAUGGCUGGGUCAUGUCCAGCCUCAGCCACCAGCACCCCCAAUUCCUUCUGGGCAGGGCUGCUGGGAUCUGUUCAUCCCCAGCCUGUGCUGGUACCAGGGCUGCUCUGACCCACGGGCAGCAUCUUGCACAAUGGCCUUGUUAAAACACAUGAAUUUUUCCAUGGGCCCACUUCUCAAGCUUGUCCAGUUCCUCUGGAUAGCAUCCCAUUUCUCAGUUGCAUCAGCUGAGCUACUCAACUUGAGUAGCUGAUGGUGUUAUCUGCGCAUUUAUGGAUCUCACUUUCUGUGUCAUUAAUGAAGAUAUUAAAUAACACUGUUCACCAUACAGCGCCCUAAAGGACAUCGCUGGUUGCUGAUCUCCAUCCAAACAUUGAGUCACUGACCAGUUCUCUGGCUGUGACCAUCCAGCUAAUUCCUUAUCCAGUGAAGAGCCCACCCAUCAAAUCCACUUCUCUUCAAUUUAGGGAGAAGGAUGUUGUGGGGGACCAUAUAGUCCACAAUGAUAAUUCCCUUUUUGCAGUCUUUAAGGACUUCACCUGACUGCCAUGGCUUUUCAAAUGUCAUGGAGAGGAGCAUGGCAACUGCAUCAGGCAAUUCUCCAGGACUCUGGGAAGCAUCUUGUCAGGUCCAACAGACUUAGGUAACUCACAUUCAGGUUCCUCAGGUUGUCAUGUACCUGAUCUUUACUUACAGUGGGAGGGACUCGGCUCUCCCAGCCCGUUUCGUAGUCCAUCCACUUGAGACCUGUGAGAAGAUGCUACCAGUAAGACAGAAAUAUUGUAGAGUACCUCAGCUUUCUCCUUAUUUGUUAGCAGUUUUUACCUUCUUAAAUUUAAUACCACAACAGUUAUUUUCGGUACUCAAAA